CAUGGGCCCAAAAGGCGUACGAUCCUCGCUGUCCUAAGCCUUGGCUCCUCUGCUCUUCUCAAGUUCUGCCCCAGACCCCGAGUAGUGGGCUCACCAAACUGGAUCCGUGGAUGGAUUGAUCAUUUGAUCCUCUAUGAAUUGAAUACUCUGCAGCACGCCAGUAAAUUGACUACAUAACCCGCGGCACUCUAGAAAUUUCCGCCGGCCCGGCCGUCUCGCCACCCGCAGCGAUGGCGGUCGUCGAAGAAGAUGCGGCGCCUGCAGCCGCCGCCUCCGCUUCUGAUCCCACCGCUGGCUCCAGUGAUAAUGAGAUUACAGUGGAUGAGGCGUCUUUUGUGCAUACUGAACCUCCACAGGAUGGCAGUGCCCCACCCCUGGUUUCCUCUGCUAUGGAAGUCCUUCAUGAUAAAGUCAAGAAACAGGUCAUCAAAGAAGGACACGGCAAGAGACCGUUGAAGUUCGCGACGUGCUUUGUGCACUAUAGAGCAUGGGUUCAAGGAUCAUCUCAUAAAUUUGAGGAUACGUGGCAGGAGCAGCAUCCAAUCGAAUUAGUACUUGGAAAAGAGAAAAAGGAAAUGUCUGGUUUAGGCAUUGGUGUUGGCAACAUGAAAAGCGGGGAGCGUGCAUUGUUGCAUGUUGGUUGGGAGCUAGGCUAUGGCAAAGAAGGAAGCUUUUCAUUCCCAAAUGUCCCUCCAAUGGCUGACCUUGUUUAUGAAGUUGAGCUUAUUGGAUUUGAUGAUGUCAAAGAGGGGAAAGCCAGAAGUGACAUGACAGUUGAGGAGAGGAUUGCAGCUGCAGACAGGAGAAAGAUUGAGGGCAAUGAAUAUUUCAAAGAAAAGAAGCUUGAGGAGGCCAUGCAGCAAUAUGAAAUGGCAAUUGCGUACAUGGGAGACGAUUUCAUGUUUCAAUUGUUUGGGAAGUACAGAGACAUGGCCUUGGCUGUGAAAAAUCCAUGCCAUCUCAAUAUGGCUGCAUGCCUUAUCAAACUAAAUAGAUUCGAUGAAGCUAUUGUACAGUGUAGCAUCGUCUUGUCAGAGGACGAAAGUAAUGUGAAAGCACUGUUCAGGCGAGGAAAAGCUAAAUCUGAACUUGGCCAGACAGAAUCAGCUAGGGAGGAUUUCCUGAAAGCGAAGAAGUACUCCCCAGAAGACAAGGAGAUCCUUCGGGAGCUCCGGUUGCUGGCAGAACAAGACAAGGCUCUGUACCAAAAGCAGAAGGAGCUCUACAAAGGUCUCUUUGGGCCAAGGCCUGAAGUGAAACCAAAGAAUGCAAACUUCCUCGUUGUUUUCUGGCAGUGGCUGGUGUCCUUGAUUCGUUAUCUGGUUAGGAUGUUCAAACGUAAGAAUGAGUAGGGAACUUUACCAGAACUAGAGUUGGUUCUCGAGAUUUCGCGGCCGUGAUGACCAACAUUGUACUAUAAGAUUGGAAUUUCAAUUUCUGUUGAAGUGUCGAUCAUGUAUUUUUGAGCAACUGGGACAAAACAUAGUUGUUAUAAGCUCUUUACAAUGUUGUGUAUUGGCCAACCUUGGAGCCAAAGUUCAGACAUUCUUUGAGCCGAAGUUUCAGACA